AUGGACAAAAAUUCUCUAAAAAGAAGAAACAGAUUACUUAAAAAAAAUGAAUCAAGGAUGAACAUAUUACUAGGGAAAACAGUAGAUGAUAAUAUUUCACAAAAUAAUAAUAAUAAUAAAUGUAGUAAUUAUCAAAUUUAUGAAAAACAAUACUCAAAUAAUAUGAGUGAAAAUGAAAAUGUAGAAAAUGAAAUUUUAAAUUGUGUAAGCGAGAAUAAAAAAAUUAUACAUGAAAAUACAUCUUUUGAAAAAAAUUACUUUGAUAAUAUAAUUGAAAAUAAUUCUAAUAUUUCUGAUAACAACAAACAUUUAAAUACAAUAAAUUAUGAAGACAAAAUAGAACAAAACAAUAUAAGCGAAAAAAAAGAAAAAAAUGUUAAAGAGAAUCAUUUUAGAAGUAAAAACAAAAUAUCACAAUCAGAUGUUAACUCUAAUAAUAAUGAAAACAUAUUUAAUAUAAUAAAAGACAGAAACAUUAAUUAUAAUUCAUUAAAAGAAAGUUCUGAAUUUAAUAUUAAUAAUAUGAAAAAAUUACAUUUUUUAUUAUUAAUAAUUCUUUCUAUACUUUUUAGUUUUAUAAAAUUAAAAUAUAAUAAUAUAUUAACUAACAAUAUUUUCAAUAAUUCUGGAAAACAAUUUUUAUAUUUCAUUAUGUCAAAUAAUUUUUUUAUUUAUUUUUCAUUUAUUUAUAAUGUAAUGUUUUUAUUAAUCGAUAUUUCAUUAUAUCUCAUAAAAAAUUAUAUAAGUAGAAAGGAUUUAAUCGAAAACAUCAAAAAUAUAAAAAGGAAAUUAAAUAAUGAAUCUGAAUUUUUCUUUUUUAUCAUAAAUAAUUUGUCAGUAGUUAUAAUUUUUUUUACAAGUAUUAUAAAAACUUAUGUAAUUUCUAUGUUUUUAGUUUAUUUAUUUGAUGAUAUUUUUUAUAAUAAUAUAUUUUAUAUUUCUUCAGUGAAUCUGAUUAAAAAGAAGUAUAGUUUAUAA